AUGGCGUCGCCAGACUCUUUUCUCGACGUGGAGCAGCGCAAUCGCCUGCCCACCCUUUUCGAAGUCCUCAGCCGGCGCACACUGGCUCCGGUCGACCUCUUCUCGUUCUACAUUUACAUGCGCGAUCAGCAACGCUCUGUUGAUUAUCUGGACUUCUGGCUCGAUGUUUCACAGCAUAUGUCCCUUUGCCGUCACUAUGUUCGAGAGUUACGUCGCUCCGUCCUUGUUGCGACACCUGAUAUGGAGAGAGCCGACAGCAAACGAUCUUCUGCCAUGCUAGAGAACUUGGAAAACCUGGGCGACAUCCCGCUGCAGGAGGCUGGACCUUCACGUCUUCCAGCCAAUGAAAAGGAUAGGGACGCCGACCAUCGUCUGUCUGCUUUCCUGCGCUCCGACGCCAAUACCUCGUCGCACUCUCCCCAGAACAGCAUUGGAUCCCAGUCGGCACAUCGCGCCGAUUCAAAUGACCAGCAACCCCGCCCGAGCUCCGGUACCCGCAAUGGGGGUGACUCGAACUCGCCUGGACACACCGUGGCGCGUAAUGAUAUCCGUGCCAGCGCUGAAAAGAUCCUCUACACCUAUCUCCUUCCUGGCUCUGAGCGAGAGAUAAUCUUACCCGAAUCUAUGGUCUCUACCGUGAUUAAUCUAAUUGAAGACGACAACCGUGACGACCCUGAGGUAUUCGACCCCGCCAAAGACUACGUUUUCCAAGCCAUGGAGCGCGAUGCAUUCCCGGGUUUCUUGCAGGCCAAGGCUCUCGGUAACCUCGUCCCCCUCAGUAUUAUCGCUCGCCUGGCUUUUGCCCUCAUCAGCUUCGGAGGCGGUUUCUGGGGUGCUUUCUACGUGGUUCUCCGCAACAAGCCCCGAAACAUACGCUGCUGGGUCAUCCUCCCAUUUGCCGUUGCCGCCUACUUCAUUGUCUCUUAUCAGUACAAGAUCGACCCUGUCAUGGCAUUUAUCGGCUACAGCGAGUACACAUUCAUGAACUGGGCCCCGAUUCGUGAGCCCUACGUCCGCAAGCUACUCAACAAGCGCGCCCUGGUCACUGCGGCCAUCGCCUUCCUGACCGCCGCCGCUCUGAGUAUCCUGUUCAUCUUUGUUCCGGGCACCAUGCUGUAA